CAUAUUUUUGUCAUUAUUCAGCUUAAUAGGGUUAUUGUUUUCACCAUGUUUCCUUCUGUCCUGUAUGAAUAAAUGCAAGCUAGCUAAAGAGAAUUCAGACAUGACAAAAAAUGAAAAGGUACAGGUUUAGUUCUGCUCAUUUACAGAAAAUAAACAUGAUGUAGGUUAAAUAAUGACGCAGUUCCACCUGUGUUUACUGAAUAACAGGAAGGAGUAGCGUUUCAUGACGGAGCUAGCCCAACGUCAUGUCCGGCUAUCGCUUUGUUAACUUCACUUCCUUGGUGUUUUUCAGAGGUUUUGGUCGCUAAUUACAGAUUUUAGUCAGGUUUUAUGUGCUACAAUCCUUUUGGGAGUUUUUAAAACAUGGUAUUAAUAAUGUACUUUAAAUAUACGGGGAAAACGGGCAAACUUAGCAUUCUGAAGUGAUGCAGCUAAUGUUGUAGAGACAGUAAACAAACCCCAAGAGCUUUCAGCUGAAGUAAAGCAAACAGCCUUCUCCACUCUCAGUGUGUCAUUUCAUCUAACAGGACAGACUCCAGGAGAGGGUGUUUUCUCAGGACGGCAGCAGUAGCUCACCCGUUAUUGUGAUAUGGAGAAUUUGGAAGAGGAUUUGACGUGCUCUGUUUGUUAUUCCCUCUUUAACGAUCCACGAGUACUACCCUGCUCCCACACCUUCUGCAAAGCAUGUCUGGACAACGUGCUCCAGGUCUCCACUAACUUCUCCAUCUGGCGCCCACUUCGCCUACCACUCAAGUGUCCCAACUGCCGUAGCAUGGUGGAACUUCCGCCUAAUGGCGUGGAAGGUCUGCCGAUUAAUGUCUGUCUGCGCGCCAUUAUAGAAAAGUACCAGCGUGACAGUGAGCCGCGAACUCCUUCCUGCCCUGAGCACCAUCGCCAGCCUCUGAAUGUCUACUGCGUUCAGGACUGCAAGCUUAUAUGUGGUUUGUGCCUCACUAUUGGGCAGCAUCAGGGCCACACCAUUGAUGAUCUGCAGACAGCGUACGUCAAAGAGCGCAAUACCCCAGCCAGACUAGUCGAGCGGCUCACGGACAGGCGCUGGGAAGAAGUCUGUGGCCUGGUGGAGAAGUUAGAACAGGAAAAAUCUCGACAUGAAGGUCUAAUAAGGCAAGACCGCGAAGCCGUUACGCGGUUCUUUCAGGGCCUGGAGCGCCUUCUGGAGCACAAGAAAGAGGCAUUCAUGAAAGUUCUGGACAGGGCCAACGGGCAGCUGGUCUGCACUUAUAAGCCACUCAUCGAGAAGCUUAAGGAUAUGAAGGAGGAGCAGCUAGAGCUCAUCUCCAUCAUCUCAAGCAUCAGUGAAGAUGAGUCAGCCCUUGUUUUCCUGGAAAAGGUGCACCACUUGAGGCAGAGGGUUGAUGCCUUGACCCAGACAGAGCUGCCUGAAGUCCCCACCCUCCACAUCUCGCCUCACUUAGAGGAGUUCCUUGAGGAACACUGGGCUAACGUGACGAUUGGAAGGCUGGAAGAUAGUCCAGUUCCAGAAAUCUCCUGUCAUGUGAAGAGACAUACUACUGAAGAGCCACAGUCAGCAUUAGCUCAGAAGUGGACGUUCAAGUCUUUGACUGCUGUGGCUUUGCUGAUGGUGCUGCUGUUCCUUCUGGUUUUCUGGUUAAAUCCAGUGAUUGGAGCAUCACUUGGGUUCUCCAGCGUCUCACAGAUUAGUCAAGCAGUAGUGAGUCUAGCUCAUGAACUUUCUUUACCACUUCAUGGCUCAGGGACAUUUCUAUACUGCCUGCUUCAUGAUCUUAGCCUUAAAUUCAAUUCGUAUAUUUCAGCUGUAGGAGAGAGCACCUAUCAACAUGUGGCCUUCUUUUUUAAAACAUUACGGUUAUGUUAAGUCACUGUGCAACCAGAAGCGGUACUCUGUGCUGUAGAGUUAACUUUUACUACAUUUACAUGUGCAUCAAGUUAAGCAGAAAGGUUCAAUUACACAUGACUAUUCAGCUGAACAGAGCACAGCUUGCUACAAGCCACAGCGUAGCAGUUAAUAUUCCUGUUCAGCGAUAAAAGGGGAACAGUAUGGUUCUAAUUCACCUGAAAUGAAAUCGGGCAGUUUUGAGAAUUUCAUGUCUCUUCUUGUAACUGAUGAACUAAUAUUUUAUAAUACAGUGCUGCUGUUUUGUUUCUACUUUCUAAUUCCUAACAUUUUCUACUGAAAUUUUAAUAACUUGUCUAUGUGUCAGUUUUUUUCUUAAAUUAAUAAUUAUCAAUAAUUUUUGGCUGUUUUAUUUUGCCCAACCAUUUUAGAAAUUAAAGUAUGUUAUGCUUGAAAUAAGGGCUGCACUUAUCAAAAGUAAAAUCUAAUGUAAUGUAAAAUCUAAUGCAGUUAUUGAUGGUUAUUUACACAGGAACAGUGCAGCGAGAGAGAUAUUGCUCACCAUGUGGGUGUCCAACACACCAAUCUACAGGCUAUCAGGCUAGACAGAGUCCAGCAGGACAGACUUCUGAGUACACAUGUAUGUUUAGUUUAAUGAAAAAGGUACCCAAGUGUGAAGUUCAAGUGUGUGUGUUUACUGCAGAGUUGUUUCAUCACUGCUUGAAGGGAGAACAAUGCUGCUGUGCUCAGAAUGCAGAGGUGCCAACUAAGGGCGAUAUGACAUAAUUCAAGACAUUUCUACAAUACAUAAUGUGUAACAUGAUAUAGGUGUACAAACCAGCUACCAGCAAAACAUUAGUGUUGCAUUAAAAAAAAUGUUAUGAAGAACCUGUGUCUACAAAAAUAAAUUACUUAACUGAACAAAAAAAAA